CACACAAAAAAAAAAACCUAAAGAAACCAACAAGAUACACAUUCGAUGUCUACUGCUUCUCCUCCUCUUCUCGUUCGAAACCUCCUCUCAGCUAAACAAAACACCCUAUUUCGCCAACUCCACAUCAAAGCCAUGGAAGCUCCCCACGAUCUCCCCAUAACGGAUCUGGAUUACCCUAAACCUAUCUCCGCUCCGCCCCCUCCCAUCUCCAAAGACAUCGAACUCAAAAGAGCCAUCGAAGCUUCCUCAAAAUCCACUCUUUUCAAUCUCACAACAGACCAUGUGUUAUACCAAGACGAAUGGCUCAUGGCCGUAAACAAGCCCAAAGGUGUCUACUGCGAAUCUGUUCUUUCCUCUGCUCCUAACAUCAUCCUUGAUUCUUCAUUGAAUGAGUUUCAUCUUGCGAAUAGAUUAGACCGUGACACUAGCGGCGUUAUGCUCAUUACUAAGUCCCAUAAAGUAGCCGCUAAACUCGUUAAAGCCUUCACAGAACAUAAGAUUCGCAAAUCCUACAUUGCUCUCUCCAUCGCACCAUCCCCAAACUGGAGCAAGAUCACGAUUAAGUCUGGCCAUGGACGCUCCAAACACGGAGCUUGGCGCGUUUACGCUGCCUUGGACGUUGGUAAGGUCUUACCUGGAGGAUCAUUUGUUAGAGAUAUGGAGACAACAUUUGAAGUUGUAUCGAUAAACGGUGAAAACCCCCAACCUUCUGAAUCAGAAAGUAUAAUUGUUGUCGAGGGGGGCGAACCAGAAUUGAGUUGUGUCGGAGACGGAGACGAUGUUGUUGUGGUGAGGGCGUUCCCACAAAGUGGUAGGACGCAUCAGAUUAGGUUACAUUGUCAGUAUCUUGGGAUUCCGAUUAGAGGAGAUGUUAAGUAUCAUGGGAUGUAUAAGUGGAGAGGGAGAACAUUCGAGGGUCAUGAGCUUCAUGCUGAGAGUUUGUCUUUGGAUCAUCCUAUUACAGGUGAUCCUCUUGUUAUACAUGCUCCUCUUCCGUGUUGGGCUGCUGGAAUUUGAAUGGUUACUGUCAAGAUUUUGACAGUCAUUUCUCUGGCAAUGAUUGCUCGGUGAGCAACAACUCAUAAUCCUCUUCCAAAAUCCUGAAUCUUUUUCAAGUAGAUUUAUGUUCCUAUGCUUGAUGAUUUCAGUUCUUAUCUUUUUGUCAACUUCAUGAAUUUAUAUUUAAAGGAACUAGAUCUUGACCGCCCAACUAUACACGUGUUAUUUUUUUAUUUUUACUUGCAUAUACAUUUACUUCAAGAAUGGUUAUAUUUUAAUCACAUACUAGAUUCUGUACAACUGUACAUGUGUUAAUUUAAUUUUUAUGUUUGUAUUCUUUUGUAAUUGCAUAUGUAAUUAAUAUUAAUUUAAUAUAAUUUUGGUAA